CGGGGGAGGAGAGGGAAGAACUCAUGGAAGGAGCACAGUCUGAAACAUAGGUCCUCCCACACAGGAUCACAUGGUCAUGACAUCAUCGCAGGUCCUUAACCUCUUCCAGCAAUACAGCCUGGAGCCUGACUCCUCCCACACAGGAUCACCUUGGUGACGUAAUGUGACUCUGAGGUAUGUGGUGGUGAUAAGUGAGGUUCAGGUUCCUACAAUAUAGGAUCCGCUCAGCGUAUAUCUCCUAUAUAAGAUCAUUCUCCUGAUUGACCCAUCAAGGAUGGAUAAGGAUGGGUACAAGAUGGCAGAGAGUAUAAUAAAUCUCACCCUAGAGAUCCUCCUCCGGCUUACUGGAGAGGAAUACACAGUAGUGAAGAAGACCUCUAGUGAGCAUUGUCAGGCCUCGGUAUCUGAAGGACGGGGAGGAAUCCUGAGCCCAAUAUCCAGGCCGACACCUUACAUCCCGAUACAUGAGAAAGUCAACAGAGAGAAGAUCCUAGAGCUCACCAACAAGAUCCUUGAGCUGCUGACUGGAGAGGUUCCUAUAAGGUGUCAGGAUGUCGCCGUCUAUUUCUCCAUGGAGGAGUCUGAGUAUUUAGAAGGACACAAAGAUCUGUACAAGAACGUCAUGAUGGAGGAUCACCAGCCACCAAGUAAAAGACAUGACUAAAUACACACAUCCUCUCACUAGUUAUAUGUAAGAAAUUAAUUGUCACCGUCUGUUUUUCCUACAGUUAAAGAAGAGAGAACAACUCCCAGUCCUCUGCUUCUACAGGAUGAGAGAUAUCCCAGUUCUCUUCUUCUACAGGAUGAGAGAUGUCCCAGUCCUCUUCUUCUACAGGAUGGUUCAGAAGAACAUCAAAGCAUUCCAUAUGAUGAUCAGAUAGAUGGAAAUAAGGUCUCAUGAAAGGUUCCCUAUGAUCUGUAGAAGUGCUGUGAAGAUCUUGUGUUCAGUCUUGUUUUAUAAACCAGUAUUAUAUGUUUUAUCCUUGUAUAAUGAGAAAGGUAGAGAUGGCAGGAUUACAGCUAACUAUAGACCUUGCAUGUCGUCUGGAUCUUCUCACAGUUUUCUGGUCGGUAGAGACUGCUGGUUGGAAUAAGGAACCAACUAGAUGCAUAUAUACAGGAGACCUGCAGAUAUUUUUGGGUCAGACAAUGAAACAUGGCACAUGUAGAU